AUGGCCAUUCGUCAGAAAGGUCUUUUGUUCAACGACAGAGGACUUCCACAGAUCUUCAACUCAAAAACGGUUGACUACCCAUGGUACAUAAAGGAAGACGCCGCGGAGCUAUACAUUAAGUGGUACCAAAAGGACACCAGCCCAGACCUCUUUCGCGGAAUCAUACUAGGCCGUACCAAGAACGUCAAAAUCGGCCGCGAGGGCGCAGCUGACAAGCUGGACCCGAAGUACAAGAGAAAGAAGGGCGACUUUCACGGCAAUGGUCAUCUCCGCAAUGGCCAAUGGUGGCCAACUCAGCUUUGCGCUGUUCGAGACGGCGCCCACAGUGCUACAGUCGCUGGUAUUUGUGGCAGGACUGGAGAAGGCGCUUUCUCGUGCGUCAUGUCGGGUGGAAGCUAUCCCAACAUCGACAGAGGAGACGAGGUGUGGUAUUAUGGUACGGAAUCUGACGAUCCCACCCGCCCUACGGAUUCCACGCAGUACAUGAUCGAAAGCUGUAAGCUGAAGACGCCUGUGCGUGUGCUUCGAGCUUCGAAGAUGACUACCGAAGGCCCCAACGAUUACAAGCCUCAAGAAGGAAUGAGGUACGACGGCCUAUACAAGGUCGUGGAUUACGAAGUCAAGAACCCUGCCAAGCAGGUCCAUCUCUUCCACCUCGUUCGCGAACCCGAUCAAGGCCCAAUCCGCAACUCUGGCCCUGAAGUUCGUCCUACACCUGAAGAGUUGAGCGCUCUGGCAAAGGCCAAGAUUGAGAAGAAAUAUCUGGCUUGA